AUGGUCCAACUGAUCGCCCGGCCGGGGCGCAAUGCCGCCCGCCAGGCCAAGAAGGCAAAGGAGAUUGCUCACGUCCAGGGCGCCAUUGUGUGGCACGAGAAGCAGCGCUUGGCGCGCAAGAAGCUGAUCAAGGACCGCCACGACGAGAAGGCGACGGCUCAGGCGCAGACGAGGUGGCAGCACGAGAACGUGACGCUGCCGCGCAAGAAGGCGCUGCGCAACGCGGCCGAGGACUGGAAGCUGGGCCCGCUGCGCCCGAACCGGGCUGUCAACGUCGCCGACGGCAAGUACGCCGUCGUGCAGCCUGGCCAGGUCCAGAGGCCCGAGAUCCCCGCGUGGGUCCACCAGAAGAUCAGCGAGCGGAGGGAGAACAAGGGCCUCGCGCCCGACUACCCGCUGGUCGUCGACGACAACAAGUACUUUCCCAUGGUCAAGGGCGACCGCGUCGUGGUCGUGCGCGGCAGAGACAAGGGCAAGAUCGGGACGGUCCUGUCUGCGCUGCCGAGAACGCACGAACUCAUUGUGCAGGGCCUCAACAGGGCGUACGUGGACUCCAAGGUCUUCAGCACUGUCGGCCAGGACAUUGGGCCCCGGCGCGAGAGCGAGAUGCCGCUGGGCAUGGACGACGUCCGCCUCGUGGUGCCCUACGCCGCGACGUCGUUCACGGCCAGCGGGCAGAGCAUCUACGAGGACGUCGUCGUCGAUAACAUAGUCAUGGAGCGCCACACCACCGGCAUCGACCCCUUCACCGGCACCGACUACGGCAGCGCCGAGAUGCCCAAGCAGCACCAGUACGACCCCGAGACGGGCCUGCCCAUCUUCCACCGAUACAUUGCCGGCACACGCUACAGGAUCGCCUGGCCCUGGGAGACCGAGGCCGCCGAGGCGGCCUCGGCGGCGGACAGCACAGCGCCGACGGCGGACGGCAAGGCCGCGCAGGGCUGGCUGUCCAAGACCAUGGGCACGCUCCGCCACCCCAUCACCAGCCUCCAGAGCUGGCGAGCCCCCAAGGCCGAGGAGCGCGCCACCCCGCCGCCCUCCACGCUUCCUCUCUCCACGCAGGUCGAGAACAUGGAGGCGAGCGAGCUGCAGAAGCAGCGCCGCGCCACGCUGCGCAGCGAAGACGCCAACCCCAAGGACGCCCACGACGCGGUCGACACGACACGCAACAUGGUCGAAGGCGCCGAGUCGAUGAGCUACACCCUGGUCGCCCCUCCUUUCCCCGAGACCCUGGGCGACGAGCUGCGCGGCGACGUGUUCGAGAUGCGACAGGCGGCCCGCAACGACCCCGACGCACCGCACAGGCCCGUCCGCGCCAAGUACACGAGCGAGAAGGCGCUGGCGGCGCAGGCGUUUGCGCAGAGCAAGGCCAGGGCCGCAGAGCGCAUGAAGACGCCCAUGCAGCUGCGGUGGGAGCAGGAGCAGGCCGAGAAGAAGCUUGCGCGCAAGGAGCGCCCGGCUGUGGACACGGACACAUUGCUCGCCGCGCUGGGGCAGCACAUGGCAGCCAACGGCGUCAAGCUGACCAGCAAGAGGGUGGCAGCCAGCCGGGUCGAGCUCGACUAG